GGGGCGCCGCCGCCACCCCGGCCCGCGCUUUCGGCCGCCGCCGCCAUGUCGGAGCUGGCGCUUGAGGAGCUCUCGGCUCUUUCCGCCAUCUACUGCGAGCCGGACGCCUGCGAGGUGCUGGCGGUCUCAGAGACGCAUGGAAUCACGUUUAGAAUUCAAAUCAGCGUGAAAGAACUACUGGAUACAGAUGUACUUUUAAAGCUGUUAUUUCAUUUACCAGUCAAUUAUCCAUCAACUCUACCGGAUAUUUCUGUUAACUCAGACCAGCUUACAAGGGCCCAAUGUAUGGACGUGAAAGAUAAAUUACUUGAACAAGCAAAGAAGCAUCUUUCUGAACCCAUGGUACAUGAUCUGAUUCUUUGGAUACAGCAGCAUCUUAAGUAUGUCAUUAAGCAAUCAGCAACAGUUUGCAACGAAAAACCUACUUUGUCAAAAGGAACAAGUACAGAGGAUGGUAUCUGGAUGCUCCUUUUGCAUUUAGAUCACAUGAGAGCAAAGGCAAAAUACGUCAAAACUGUGGAAAAAUGGACUUCAGAUCUAAGGCUGACUGGAAGACUGAUGUUCAUGGGCAGGAUAAUAUUGAUUCUUCUUCAGGGUGACAGGAGCAACAUUAAGGAGUACUUGAUUCUUCAGAAAACUUCUAAGGUAGAUGUGGACUCAAGUGGAAAGAAAUGCAAAGAGAAAAUGAUUAGUGUACUGUGUGAGACAAAAGUACAGUCACAGCAUAAAAGGUUUCAGACGUUUGAAGUCAAAGAAUAUUCAACGCUGGAUGAGCUGCAAAAGGAAUUUGAAUCUGCAGGACUUACAACUCUUUUCUCUGAGUUUGUGCCUCCUCUCUUAAAAUAAAAUGAAAAGAAAACACUGAACUCUUUGACCAAAGCAGUGGUUGACUGCAGAUGCUGAUGGAAGAUCAAAGGACUAAUUUGGCAAACAACGUUAAAGGUUUUCUGCAAAAAAUGCUAGAAGUAGCCAUCCUCUUGCAAGACCAAGAAGGCAAUUCAUACAUUAAGAAUUGACAGUGUUUUGACAUUUAUAUGUUCAUGGCUUUUUCCAAGGAAUCUGGAGUUGAGAAUUGCAUGGCAAGCAUGAGAGAUUGUGAAGAAAUCAUGUUAAAAUAAUAGUCUUCUAGUUACACUCUGUUUUGCAAUCCCUGUUUUUCAAUGUUUUGGUUAUUAUCUCUCGUGGUAGUGGUUUUUUAAAAUGGACUGCUAGAAAGCAUCAUUAAUUCUGCUUUGAAAGCUUAAAUGAAGAUAUUUCUGUAAAAAGCAGAGCAAACACAGAUUUGAAUAUAUGAGGACAGCAUAUACUUAAUAUCCCUUAGGUAUUCAUCUGCUAACUUUUCCUUCUCCAUUUAUUUGACUAUAAUUGCUAGACUGUUGAUUUAAAGAAAAAGUUCAUGUCACUUGAGGCCUGAAAAAACUUAUAAGUGUCUUCUUGAAUGUUAGUUUUUAUUCAAAAAUGUAUAAAAACACCCAAGUGGAGAAUUUAAAUUGAUUAAAAAGCUAAGGUAAAGCCAGUUGUGGUAUUUUCUUUGUUAGUUUACAGAUUCCUUUUUGCACUUUAUCUGGUUUUACUGUCUGUGCCUCUUUAGAUACUAGAUACCUUGAUUCAAUUAAACUGUCAGAGCAGUAUGUAUACAGAUUUCAGUCUUCUCUCUCUCAAGACUUCUGGUCAAGUCUUCUGUCAUUUUAGAAGCUGGUAAGUUUUAACUGGCUAUUAAAUUUUCUUUUAGCAUUUUUUUUUGAUUGGUGAGUGGCCUUGGCCAGUUUAUAAAUUUUUUUAUUACUAGUCUGUGUUUUACUUCAGUAUAAUAUUACAAAUUGUAUACAUCAGUUUUACAAACGAAAUUGUGCAAGUUCUGUUUCCCUGGGGAGAAUUGGAUACUUAUUUCUUACAAUUAUUAAUGUCCUUUUGUUUCUAUUUUACCUGAUACCAUUCUCUAGCAAGACUAGACGAGUUGUCCAGUAGUAAAAAUUUUGAAGUCAUGAGUUUCUCAGUAACUAGUAAUGCCAUCUCAAUUGGUUUUAGCAUGUAGCUAGACAUGUGCUUUACUGCUGUCUAAAGCUCACUCCCAGCAGCCAAAUGUCUCCUGUAUUCUUUGUUAACUGAAUAGAUUUGAUCAAUUCAGUGUAAAUUAAAUUCUCUCUGUUGUACUGGGGGAAGACUGCUACAAUUUGGUUAGUUCCUGCAGUGUGGUUUGGCGAAUCAUGAUGUAAGAUAUUCUGAUUUCCAGUUUCAUACUCAGACCAUGAGCUCACACCUCUUUCUUUAUGUAUACUAGAAAAGCAACUAAAGCAAACUAUUAAUAUUUUUAGGUUUUAUUAUUUGAGAUAUCAAAUGUGUAAAGGGUUUUAGACGAUUUGAGUUUCUUAAAUUUUUAAGUAGUUUGGUAAUUUUCCUAAUAUGGAGUGUCUCAAAUACGUAUGUUAGCAUGUUAUUUUAAGCCCUGAGGCUUAUUUAAUGAGACAGUAGCAGAAGCUCUUAAUGAAUCUUUCAUGUAUAGCACGUAUAGUAGUACUUCAAGCACAGUAGAAAACAGACUGGGUUAAACAGGUUUUACACAUCUGUUGUAUAUUAUUUUGAAAUUGCUUCCUGAGAGAAAGGAAAUCUAGUUUUCUAUUAUUUUAAGUGUAUGCAGAAAUGAAUUUUUACUUUUAUAAAGAAGAAUAAAACACAAGUAUCUUUAAAAUAUUAAAAUAACAUAUCUUCUAAAUGAUAAUUUUCAGAAUUGAGCUAUUCCCAGUUAAAAUAUCUAUGUUGAAAAGCUGUAUGUCAGUGGAGUAUAAAGUCUUGAAAAAAUGCAGAGGCUCUCUCCUUAUACUAUGCGAUAGAGCUGACAAGUAUCAAAACCAAGAAGAGGCCUGUGCUUGUACAGUGUAAGGAAACGUGAUCAGUAUCUCCUUGCAAAUCUAAACGUUGUAGAGUUAUGCCAGAUGGAUUUUAUGUCCUCAGCCAGAUCUUUACUUUAAAAUGCUCCACUUUUCUGCAAAAAGAAUAGUAAGGUACUUCAGCACAACCUGUAUCACAAUCUUGGCCAUUAAAGUCUAGUCGGGGCCCUGUCCAAUUGUGUAAACCAGUUGUGUAUUCUUUCUCUUGAUUUUGGGAAUUGGCUUGAAUAGUGUACCUAAUCAUGUGAUCUCAAUUGCGUGUAACUACAAAAAUAAUUGAGGUGUACGGUUGUGGUGGUCAUCUUUCUUGCAAGAUAUGAUGCAGACUGUCCAAAUUUUUCCUCCCUACUACAAAAGCUACUGGAAUUAGCUGCGUAAGAAAGACCAUUUGUGGUGUCAGUGGUUGCCAGUUGCACUUGGAUAUAAACUUACAUAUUUUCUUGAAUAUUAUUGCCUGAUGCACUCCUGGUUAACUCUUUGGUCAGAGCUAGCAUUCUGCAACAGCCAAUUUUAAAAAUUAAAAGAAGUUAAAGAACAGAUGACAGUUGGGUGAGUUGCAACUCUGUUCUGGUCUGUGCUCAUCUUGCCAAACGAAGUUGUGGUAAGAAGCUAGUUGAUUUCUGUGUUUCAGGAGUUGUAAAAAGCAGUUUAUACAAUGAAUUUUUAUCAUAGUUGAAUUUAUUACUCACUAACUUAUAUUGGACAAAUCAACAAGUCCAGUGUAGGAAAGGACUGCAGUUUUUUAGCUUGGUUUGAUGUGCUUCAGAAGAAUUACAAAUCCGAUCAGCUUGAUACUGUUCAGACAGCAAAGAACAUGAAAACUGAUGUCAGUCUGAUUCUGUCAAAGCAAAUGCUUUUGCCUACCCAUCAAUCAGUCACUUGUUCUGAAGGGUAGGAGGAUAUCUUGUGUUCAGACAAGUAAACAAUAUUUUUAAAGGUUGUUCUUUUGGAAGGAUAUUGCAGCUGUCUGUUAACUGAUGGUUUGUUUGCAUUUGUUGUAAAAAGAGAUGGGCAAGCCUGUGAGCCCCUGGGGCACAAAAGUCAUCGAAAUGCAUACUGUGGUGCAUGUUCUGCCCUCCAAGGGAACUGAAGCAGACACAGGAGAAGAAAACAGGGAAAUGAAAUCAGAACUCCUGAGAAUACUUAGAGAGCGCAUAUCAGUGUCUAAAAAGUUAGUGAGGUGCAUAUAGCUAUCAGAAUCGGACAGUCAAUUGCAAGGAAAAAAGAAAUCCACAAAGAAAAAAAUGGUUUAACAAAUAAGAAGCUGGC